UUUUUACAUCUUAUUCCAGGAUUUGUAAAUAACCAUCUAAAGAGGGGACACAAUGCGUACAUUCUUUCUCCUCAUCUGCGCCCUGGCGAUUGCAUCAUGUAGCGCACAUUGCUCAAGAAACAAUCGAAACUACAAAGCAGGUCAAAAUCAGGCUCAGGUACAAUUUCGAGCUGCGUGGAGAUACGCUAACUAUGAUUGUGAUAAGCUUGACAAAACUUAUCGCCAGGUACUACGCGCUAGCCCGUCGAGACCAAUGUGUUUGAAGGAGGGCUUUGAUGAUAAAGUACAGCAGCUCUACAAAAAAGAGGAUAAAAAGUGCAACAAAAUAACCUGUGAAGAUAAAGGUGUGAAGCGAGCCGACGAUAUGUGGAUGCUGAACCGCAAAACAAUUGGCAAAAAAUGCAGUCAGCUCGAUAAAGUAUUUGAGAAGACCAAUGCUGCGGCGCCUACUAAACCAAAGUGCGAAGUCACGGCGUACAAUAAUCGAGUUGAAGAAUUGUACACGCGUGAGAUGGAUAAGUGCGUGGACGUAUGCGUAGGUAACGGUGAAGACACCGGAGAGCGCAUCGGGCGUCAGUUUUGUAGCAUUGCCCAGUUAUCACUCUAUGCAGUAAACGCCGAUGGCAUUACAGUAGAGAUUUGUGAUGCCCAAGAGAAACAGGCUUGCCUAGACGAGUACGAAAAUUACGUUGAAGACAAAUGCAGUAGUCUACUGAAGGGAAAUCAACAGUUUUACAACGAUUUGAAAGCUACAUGCGAUAUUACUUUCACUAGUGGAACUGGACCAUUCUGAAAGGUUUCCAAAGCCGGUGUCAGCUUGAAUUGAACAGUACGAGGUAGAGAAUAUCAAACAGUGUUUUUGAAAUAAAUACAAUAUGCCAUCAGAAUUAUAAGUUGAAUGUAAGCUGGCG